AUGGCUGCACCGAUUAUUCGUAGGGCGUGCAUGUAUGUGCCAUCUUCUUCGAAAAAGAUGCUGGAAAAGUCCUUCGCCAUGCAUGCCGACAACGUAACGUACGACCUCGAAGACAGCGUCGCCCCCCACAUGAAAGCCACCGCGCGCUCAAAUCUGCGCUCCAUCCUUUCCACCCAACGUCCCUCUGGCAUAAAAGAAAUGUGCGUACGCAUAAACAGCGUCGACACUGGUCUCGCUCUAGACGACUUGACGGAAGUGCUCAAGGGCAAAUAUCUCGACGCCAUCAUGCUGCCUAAAUGCGAGAGCGCUGCGGACCUGCACUUUGUAACGGACGUGAUACGGCAUCUGAGUCCGGAGCGACAUCCAAGUAACACUUCAGGGCAGAAACAGGGACAAAGGGAGCCAGUGCGUAUAAUAGCGCUGAUAGAAAGCGCAAAGGCGAUUCAGAAUCUCAGCUCCAUAUGCGCUGCGUCGCCGUACCUGUCAGGCCUAGUGUUCGCAGCCGAGGACUUUGCAAAGGAUAUGAGUCUGACGCGUACGCCUUCGUUGAUGGAGUUUCUAUACGCGAGGAGUGCGAUUGCGACGGCGGCGCGGGCGGCAGAGUUGCCGUCGACGAUUGAUUUGGUCUGCACGAGUUAUAAGGGGGACGAGGGACUGAAGACGCUAGAGGAGGAGUGUCUGAAUGGGAAGGGUCUGGGGUUUAAUGGGAAGCAGUGUAUACAUCCGAGUCAGGUUGCUGUGUGUCAUAAGGCGUUUAGUCCUGGGGAGAAGGAACUUGAGUGGGCGGCGAGGGUGGUGAUUGCGGAUGAAAAGGCUAGUCAGGCGGGGAGGGGGGCGUGGACAUUGGAUGGCAAGAUGAUUGAUGCGCCGGUUGUUAAGAAGGCGCAUGCGGUGCUGAAACAUGCUCAAGUGUGCGAGAUGGAUGUUAGCGCUGUGAGGGAGAGGUGGAAGGGUCAAGAGCCCGAGUAG